GCUCUUCAGCAAUGCGGUUUUGUUGUCGCGAUGACUGGGGACGGUGUGAACGACGCCGUAGCUCUCAAGUCGUCCGACAUCGGCAUUGCCAUGGGGCACAUCGGAACCGACGUUUGUCGCGAGGCGUCCGAUAUUGUCCUGUUGGAUGACAACUUCGCAACUAUCUUGGCCGCCAUGGAAGAAGGAAAAUCAAUUUUCCACAACAUUCGCAAUUUUGUUGGAUUCCAACUGAGCACGUGA